UUACCGAUUACGAAACUAUUUCCGGUUUUCAUAUUUAUCAUCUCUAAAGAAAUGUUGAUAGUUGAAUUGAUAAUAGUUCGCUUUUAGUCAUUCGAGCAGUGCUUACAUUUAGUAACAGGUUGGUUUUCUUGAGAUAAACACAUACAAGUUCACAAUGGUCAAAGCUUUUAUUGGUCAAAUUGUGCACACGAAAUCAUUAAAUGAUUUCGAAAUUUUUACUAAUGGAUUUGUGGCAGUGGAUGAAAAUGGCACGAUUAUUGAUACUGGCAGCAACUUUCAGUUAUGGCAAUCUAAAAACAUUGCUAAGUUUACUGAAAUAAAAGAAAUUCAUCUAAAAGAGGAACAGUUUCUAAUGCCAGGUCUAGUUGACUGUCAUAUCCAUGCGCCGCAAGUUGCCCAGAUUGGUCUAGGUUUAGAUAUGCCACUUCUUGAUUGGUUGAACACAUACACAUUCCCACUUGAAGCAAAAUUUGCCGAUCAAAAUUUUGCUGCUAGAGUUUAUAAAAAAGUCGUGGAAUCAACUAUAAAAUGUGGCACAACUCUAGCUUCGUAUUUUGGAACUAACAACAAAGACAGCACUUUGAUAUUAGCUAGGGAAGCCUGUAGACAAGGUCAACGUGCAUUGGUUGGCAAAGUAUGUUCCAACUGCAAUAGCCCUGAUUUCUAUGUUGAAACAACAGAGGAAUCAGUUUUUGCUACAAUGGAUUUUGUAAAUGAUAUGAAAAAAUUAAAUACAGAUUUAGUGCAACCUACUAUAACUCCAAGAUUUGCUCUUAGCUGUACGAAAGAGCUAUUAGCUCAGUUAGGUGAAAUUGCUAAGGAAUAUAAUUUGCACAUACAAAGCCAUAUAAGCGAGAGCAUUUCAGAAGUUGAGUUUGUGAAAUCUAUAUUUUCAUCAUCAUAUGCCGAGGCAUAUGACGCUGCCGGGUUGCUCACUGAAAAGACCAUAAUGGCACAUGCUGUGCAUUUGGAAGAUGAUGAAAUUGAAUUGUUAAAGAAAAGGGGCACAUCUGUUGCUCAUUGUCCUGCUUCAAAUACCAUGUUGAGUUCCGGCUUUUGCGAUGUAUUACGUCUUAUUAAAAAAGGAGUGAAAGUGGGUUUAGGCACAGAUGUAUCUGGUGGAAAUUCGGUGUCCAUUCAAGAUGCAAUAUUGCGCGCUCUUGAUGUUUCACAUCAUCUAGAAUUCGUUAAGAAACAAGAUAUAAAAGGCAGUGGUACGCUGAAGCCAUCUCAAGACGAAUACGCGCCUAUCAACUAUAAACAAGCAAUAUUUUUAGCUACGCUUGGUGGUGCUCAGGCUUUAGCUGUUGACCAUAUUACAGGCAAUUUCAUUAAAGGCAAAGAAUUUGAUGCCUUAAUCAUUGAUACAAGUAUACAUCCUCUGCAUAACUUUGAUGCGAACAGCACUGCGGCGGCCGAACACAAACUGCUUGAAUUGGUACAAAAAUUCAUUUAUGUUGGAGAUGACCGAAACAUCGUAAACGUUUUUGUUGCUGGCAAAAAAAUCAAAUAGAAAACAAAAAC